AUGAACAAAAAAAAGGUUACUUUUAACAAUGAUGUUACAUACGAAAAUUCAGACCGCAAUGAAAAACACGAGUAUGUAGAGAGUCCUUUUUUUUUCAAAAGAGAAGAAAAUGUAAAUAGUCAUGAGGAAGAAGAAUUACAAGAGAUGUUAAAACAUUUCAAUCCUUUAGAUUUUGGUAUUAAAGAAAAAUUAAGUGAAAGUGAGAAAAAAAUUUUAGUAAAAGAAAUUAUGGGUAGAACAAAAAAGUCUCAUAUGAAGAAUAAUGAUAUGUUAAAUGAGGAAAAGAAAUCAUGUCAAAAUGCAAAAGAAAGGAAAAAGAAAGAUAUUUUUAUACAUGAUAAUGUAAAUAUUGAACAAUUGCAAAAUGGAAAUAUAAUAAAUGAGAAUGAUAUUGUUAAGAAGGAAAUAAAUGAAGAAGAUCAAAAUGGAAGCAAUAUUAAAGAAAAUGAAAAAAAAAAUAAAAAUAAAAAUAAAAAAAAAAAUACAAAAAAUACAAAAAAUACAAAAAAUGAUGACAAAAUAAAUGAUAAUGACAAAAUAAAUGAUAAUGACAAAAUAAAUAAUGGCAAAAAAAAAUACAAUGACAAAAAAAAUGAAUUGUCAUAUUUAGAUGGAGAUUGUUAUUUUCCAAAUGAUGGAUAUGAUUAUGAACAACAUUUAAAACCAAUAAGUAAAAAUUUUAUAGAAAUAAAAAAUAAAACUGCCCAAAAUUUUUUUGAAAUACUACCAAAUAAUGAAGAAGAAAAAGAAUUGUUUAAAACAUUUGAUAUGGAUAAUUAUGAAGAAUUAAAUGAUAAUUUUGUAUGUGAAGCUCAAAAUGUAGAAGAAGUAGAAGAAUUAAAGAUUGAUAAAAAAUUAAUUUGGGGUAACGUAGAGCCAUUUUUAUAUAUACCCAGUAUUGAUUAUAUGGACGAUGAAGAUAACAUAAAUGAUGAUACAAAUGAUAACAUACACGAUAAUACAAAUGAUAACAUACAUGAUAAUACAAAUGAUAACAUACACGAUAAUACAAAUGAUAACAUACAUGAUAAUACAAAUGAUAACAUACAUGAUAAUACAAAUGAUAACAUACACGAUAAUACAAAUGAUGAUACAAAUAAUCUUAUAAUUAAAAAUUAUAAUAAUGAGAAUCAAAUUAUUUUUGAUGAAAAAUUAAACGAUAUGAAUUUAUACAACAAUCAAGAUGUUUCUACAAAAAUAAAUAAAAAAAAUUAUGAUGAAAAUGAAAUUGAUGAAAAUAAUAUGGACAGCAUAAAAUUUAGUGAUCUGGUUGAAUAUCAACUGAGAAAUAAUUCUAAUCCUGUCAAUGAUAUAAAAAGAAUUAUUAAAAAAAAAAAAAAAGGGAAAAAUGCUAAAUUGAAACUUGAUGAUAUUAUUGUUAAUAUAAAUGAUGAGGACAAGAAAAAAAUUAUGCAAAUGGUAAAUUUACAAAAUGAAGAAAUAAAAAAUAAAACAAAAUAUUCAUUAGAAGGUAAAGAUAAAAAUGAUAGAAAUGAAAAUGAAAUCGAAGAAGAAGAAGAAGAAGGAGGUAAUUAUUAUGAUGAUGAAGACAUCUAUUCUGAAACAUCUGAACAUUCUUCUUCAUCCUUAAGUUAUGAUUGUGAAACAGUUUUAACAACAAAAACAAAUACAACUAAUCAUCCAUAUAAAUUAACUAUACCCAAACAAAUUAAACCAACAUCCUUAUUACUUAAUUUGCAAAAAAAAAAUAAUAAUCAAAAAAAAAAUGAAAAUGAAAAUGAAAAUAAAAAAAAAAAUGAUGACAACAAAUUGGAGCGUUAUAUGAUAUUAGAGAGGAUAAAAACUACGAGGGAUAAAAACGAAACGUUAGAAGAAAAAAAGGAAAGGAAAAAAGCUGUUAAGGAGGCACAACGUUUAAAUAGAAAAUUGAAAAAAGAAAACUCUCUACUAAUGAAGCAUGAGAAAAAGUUAAUGGACAAAAAUAUUAACCCUUUCGACAUAAGAGAUAAUGUGAAAUACAUUAAACUCUGA